AUGGAUGGAACUCCCUUUCAUGGUGGCUUUACUUUGCAUCAUUGUUCUUGCGGGGAUGAAAUGCUUUGCACAGGAAACGUUUCAUAUGGAAUUGGCGGUUGGCUGUCUACGGUGAAGCAAGCUUCAACAUUUUCGGUGCUGCUCUCUUUGCCUUACGCCAAUCCCAUAGCAGCCAAAAAAGAGAUCGCAGAAUUCGUCAGGACCAGAGGCGUUGCUUUCGGGGUUUUGCGGGCUGUGAUAUUCAUGGUGAAGGUGCCACUGGCGGUCAUGUCCGUACUGGUCAAGGUGGCACAGGUGGACUUCAUCACGGAGAAGAUUGUUUGGGACUGGAGUGUGUGGGAGUAUUUAGCCCUGGCCGGAUUCAUUAACAACCUUGCCGGGCUCCGCGGCGACCAUGAUGCUUCCAGGAUGACUGGCAUGUUCUUGCUCUUGGACCACAGAGAUCCAGAGGCAUUGCAAGGGAUCUUCUUCGACAAAUUGGCAGCUUCCGCUGUGGAGCACUACGGCGUUGCCGGAACCAUGGUUGUAGUUGGCACGCUCAGCACGCAGGAUGUUUGCAAAUUGUUGAAUCCCAGAAAUUGCCUGGAAAACUCCCGGCAUGAGCCAGAUGAUCAAGGAAUGUACGAGGUGUUGAAGCCAGAAGUUGGGCCGUGCUUGGCCGUAGUUCCGCCAGAAGUUGGGCCGUAG